CGGAGAAUUAUAUGUUUAGAGAGUAUCGAUUCAAGCAACAUCUUUAAACAAACAUGGCUUACAAACCAGACGACAAUUCCACAGGCUCGCCUCCCACAGGCCCGCCUCCUGCUGCAGGAUCCUCAAGUUCCAGAGACCAGACAGGCCCGCCUCCCACGGGCCCGCCUCGCACAGGUCCAUCUCCCACUCCAGGACCCUCGAGGUCCAGAGACCAGACGGAUGGCACUGAGGCUUCAGGGUCGCAGCCUCCGUAUGAAAUGACCUUCAAUAAGCACUGGCCCUAUAUCAAUAGCUAUCAUGGCUCUUGGGUUCAUAUGCCUUAUGAAGAGCUCGAAGUCUUAGCAAAGAUCAACUGGGCCCUCCCUCGACCCCGAAUCGUUAACCCCGCUGUCUUCUUUGACUUGUUGAAGAUCCGCCAGCUUACUGAAGAAGCCUGCGACCUUGCAGUACGAGCAACAGCCGGAAUUGCCACGUCGGCUCUCUCAAACCCAUUCACUACUGCUAGAAGCAUGCGAGGAAGUAGGGUAGAAGCGCUAGGGCUGGGAUCCUUUGGACCUGGGGUCGAAGCGCAACUGAGCCCAGAACGGAAAUUUCGAAUGCGAGAGAAGGCUACCCAAAAGCUCUCGGAGGCGUAUCAUCUUGAUGAUAUAGCAUCCUGUGUUGUUACCAUGCGAGGAGCGUCUGUCCUUGAAAGGGUUGCGAAACAAGUAAUUGAAACCCCUCGGGAAAAUCUGGACCGUCUCGAUGGGAAAUAUGUGCAUUAUUUCCAUGAGAAGACAGAUGACAAAGCUAUGAUGAAGCCCGAGGCGUUAUCACUACUCGACGAGGUCAUAAGUGAACGGCAUAUGUCAGCUGAGCCGUUACGUACAAGAGCCGUUGCUAAGAUGCUCCAAGAGAAGAAUUUGGAGGCCGUGGAAGAUCUUACCAAGGCGUUGCAGAUCUGCAGGUCUCAAAAGAGUUUGCACAAGCCGUGGCCUCAGAAUUCACAGGAUACUUCAAGCUCGGCGGCCGAUACAAGUGAGUCAUCGAAAUGUAAGGAGAAGAAACUGGAUAAAAACGAUUAUCCCAGUAGUCUAGAGGCUCAGAUACUGUUCCAUAGGGCUAGCGCAUACCUUGACUUAGCCUCUCAAACUGUUGAAAAGGCACUUCCUUCAACAGGUCAAAGUCAAAGCAGUUCUAUGGGAGCGAGCAAUGAGAGCAAUUCUGGAGGUCCAAGCGUCGGGUGGGAUCCAGAAGCGAUGGAGCAGGAGAAACAGGGCAAUUUGGUGAAAGAAUACGCAAAACGAGCUCUUCGUGACUAUACUGCCUAUCUCUCAUUUUUGGAUUACACACCAGAACUUGAUCCAAAGCAUAUGGAAGCUUUCGAACGCAGGGUUUAUCAAGCUGCAGUUGGAUAUAAGUCACCUAGGGGGAAUACUGGUAGCAGCAGCGACCCUUUGUCGGGAAUCCCACCACCAGUGGCCUACCAGAUAUCUAAGCUCUUCUCUGCAACUCCACCAAGCCUCUCAUCAAAUCCUCAAACGGACAUCUUAGUCGACCACGAUUCAGCCCCCAAAAACGCAUCUGAUACAUCUGCUCUCCAUGCAGCAGCCCAGCAACUCCUUGACAGUACCAAUAAACAUGAGUCGCUCACUUACCAUCCUCUUCUCGUAGAUGCAUUACACUCCCUGCUUCUCUGCCACGUUCUUAUGCAGACCUCUACCUGUGAGUUACGCCGCCAUGCUCACAUGGCUGCACGCCUCAUCCGCAGCUGCGACGGAUAUCCGAUUUUCGAACAGCCUCGGGCGGUGCAGAGCCGCAAAGAUUGGCUUGAGAUCCUGAGCCGAGUGGGCGGGAAAUUCGACCUUGGUGAAUCCUGGGACUUCCUAUGCAGACCCAGGUUGUAUAGGAGGGGAGGAAUCCCACCGAUUUUUCCCAAGAAAGGCGGGGGGACGAAAGAGACCGAAGACGAGAAGAGGGAGAGGCUACACAGGAAGGCUGUUUUAGAAACGCUAGCGUAUACGGACCUAAGUGACAACGAGACUUUCAGGAAGAACCUUACAGCAAGGAAGAAGAAACAAGAGGAGGAGGAAAGGAAAAGUACGAGCAAAUCGGAUGAACAUAAGGCUGGUCCAUCGAAAAAUAAAGCGCAGGGCGAAGACCACAUUGCGGGUUCGACUCGGGCACGCAGUAUUGUGAGAUGGGUUCGGGAAGCGCCUCAGAUAACUAAUCCAGAGAGCAGGAAGAAGAAGCGUAAUAGAACAAGGGGCCGUGGGAGUGCUAGGGGCCGUGGGAGUGCUAGGGGCCGUGGGAGUAGUAGGGGUCGUGGCUCGUUGAACAGCUCCAUGGGCGAGUUGAGUAUUACUGAUGAUACGACUGUCGAGAUUCCCAACGAGGAAGCCGACUAAGCGAGCAUGCAUUUGAGCGGUACAAUUCUUUGUACAGUAGUACUGUGAUAUUCAAAUCACACAGCGUAUUCAGCAAAGCGUUAGAAAAUCAG